AUGAACCAACGCGACCAUCGAGUCAUCGCGCUUUACGAAUUUAAAUCGGGACACUUCGCGGCAGAAGCAUCUCGUAAUCUUAGCAGGUCUUUUGGUUCAGAAUGUCUUCGCGAACGGACAGUGGAACUCUGGUUAAAAAAAUUCGCUUCUAGCGAUUUUGAUCUCGGAGAAAAACCGGGUCGUGGUCGCAGGUCUUCGCUUGAUGACGAAGAUCUGGAGAGAGCCAUGGAAGCAAAUCCCAAGACUAACACGGACGUUAACAGAAGACCUGGACGUACAUCAUACUACAUUAGCUAG